AUGGAGCCAUUCAGAUCCCAUCACAGGGCGAGGAACCUGAGCAGAGCUGAGAGACAGACUCCUGAGGAAGAGCCUGCCAACUGGGAGUCACCCAGGCCUUUCCCAGGAACAAACCAUUCCAAGAAAUCUGAGCAGGGAAGGCACCACAAGAGGCAGGGCAGGCCACAAAGGCAGAGGAAGAAUCUGACCAGGAAGGAGCCAGCAACCCCAAAAAGCCAUGAGAGGAGAUCCAGGCCACAUCUAAAACCUGCUGCAGAAGGACAAUCUGAGCCCAGAAAGACCAUAUAUACCUGCCGUGUGUGCGGGGAAGAAUUCAAGGUGCAGAGAGACCUGAUAGACCACCACUGGACGGUUCAUAAGAGACAUAAAUUGUAUCACUGUAGCAAGUGUGGGGAGAGCUUCAGGAGAAAGAAGGCAUUCAAAGCACAUGGGAAAAUCCACAGAAAGGAGAGAGCACGUCCCUGUUCUGAAUGUGGGAAAAUAUUCAACCGGGCAUCUCAUCUCAUUGCCCGCCAGAGAAUCCACACCAGAGAGAGACCCUAUUGCUGUGCUGAGUGUGGAAAAAGAUUCUUCCAAAUAUCAGCUCUUAACAUCCACAAGAGAAUCCACUCAGGAGAGAGACCCUUUGCCUGCACUGAGUGUGGGAAGUGCUUUAUGUAUUCGUCCACCCUUAACAGACACCAGAGAAUUCACUCAGAAAAGCAGCUCCAUCGCUGUAACCAGUGUGGGAAAGGCUUCAAAUUUACAUCAAGUCUUACUAGACACCUGAGAAUCCACAGUGGAGAGAGACCCUUCCUGUGCCACGAGUGUGGGAAAAGAUUCAACCUGCAAGAACAUCUCAUUAGACACCGGACAAUACACACUGGGGAGCGGCCUCAUCGCUGCGCUGAGUGCGGGAAAAGUUUCAGUCUCCUUCAAAGUCUCCGGAGACAUCAGAGAAUCCAGAGUGAGGGGACCCGUCAACACUGCGCCGAGUGCGGGAAAACAUUCAGUUGUCUAGAAAAUCUCACUAGACACCAGAGACUCCACACGGGGGAGAAACUCCAUCACUGCGCUGACUGUGGGAAAGGCUUUGUCCGUCUGCAUCAUCUCACUCGCCACCAGAGGAUCCACACUGGGGAGAGACCCUAUUGCUGCACUGACUGUGGGAAAAGAUUCACCCAGUUGUCAGGCCUCACCGCCCACCUGAGAAUCCACACGGGAGAGCGACCCUAUCCCUGCACUCAGUGUGGGAAGCGCUUUGCUCACUCUUUGUCUCUUGCGAAACACCAGAGAACCCAUGGGGCAGGGACUUCUGACCCUUGAGUUUGAUGAGGAGAAACCUCUGCCUGCUUUCACCUCACCCUUCUCCCCACAGCCAGUGCACAGGAGGGAGACUCUGCACCUGCUCUAAAAUGCUCCCACCUCCCCAUUAACCAGGUACUAGCCUAGAAUUUUAUUAGAAUGGAUAUUUCAGUUUUCUCAGAGGUGGUUCUGGACUUACCUGAAACCCAGGAAAGAAGUGUUCCUAAGCUUGUGUGUGGUAACCUGCAGAUUGCCAGUGAGGAAAGCUGCUGAGGGAAAGAGAGGGCCUCCAACCCUUUAACCAUGGUAUGUAGCAGAUUGCCUGAAAGGGGGUUAUGUGAAAAUCCUCUUAAUGUUCCAGGGAUGAUUCUGGGUGAACGUGAAACUCGGAAGGAGUUUGCUGUGGUUCCACAGAGCAAUGCUUCUGUAGAGCAGAAAAAAGCUAGGUUGUUGCUUAGAGAAGAUCCUAGGGAGAAGAAGCCUCAUGGUAGUUUUUCCAAAGUUUGCUGCAACUGAUGGGUGUAAAAGUGAUUUGGGUGAGUUAACUCAGGUUGAAUCAUUAUAUAGAGAAAGCAACAUUUGUUUGGGAGACUGGUUUCAAUUCCUAACUGCCAAAGUCUUUCUGAGGUGUCUACAUCCAUUGACCUUGCUUUAGAAAGACCCAGUGUGGAUAGCCUAGAGGAGGUUUCAGAUUGGGGUGGGGGAAUUGUUAGAGAAAUUGAACGGCCCUGUAGCCAAGUGGCUGGGCUGGGCUUGACCAGCAUGUUCUCCAGGCUGAUUGAGUAAACAGUCUGGGCCUCGGGGUCUGAGGAAAGAGUGGGCUACUGGUGUUUCAGAGCAGAACAGACUUGUGACUGAACUUAUAAGGAUGCAGGGGAGAGCAGGCAAACUCAUCUCUAGACACUUGGGAUUGUUUAGUAUCUCUUUAAAACAGAGUCCAGUCUCUAAGCUGUUGCUGGUGGUGGAUCCACAAGCAGGCAUGCAGGAGAGUGUUUGUGUAGAUGCUUGUAGCACAGAGGGGCUGCAGUUGGUGAACACACCUAGCCAGCAAAAGGAUUGACUGAGACCAGAAGCAUGGUAUGACCAAGAUACUUAUAAACACUGACUUGUAACAAAUUUGGUGCUACUGUUAAGGUUUAGCCUUCUGAUGUAUUUUAUUUUGACAUCAACUCUGGUCAGAAGGUACAAUGUGUAUGACUUUGAUAAAAAGCCUGUAAACAAACUGGGGAUAAUACCUAAAAACACACUAUGCUAGAGAGCUGUAUAAUAAUGAAAUGUUACAACUGAUACCUGUAAUCAAUUGUAAAACUUGGCACAGCAGAGGAUCUUUACAAAUCUAGUCUGCUGUAUAGAAGGGGAAACUGAGGCACACUACCACAUUGCUGUCAUGGCUAAAUGCCAAGGUAAUUACACCCUUGAGAGCAUUAAUGUCUAUACUAAAGUAACAUCAGAUGAGAAGACUUUCAGAAAAUAAAGGUAGCUGUAUAUUAAGAGCCUGAUUUAGUCAGGCAUGAUUUUGAUAAACUAUUUCCGUUGUACGCUAAUUCUUGUGAUGUAAACCAGAAGUGUAAUAAUAUAGGACCAAGAAUGGAAAGUUCUUGUGCUGCAUUUAGCAGUAUCUAGGAACACCUCUUUCUGCAUCAAUUUUGCGAGGGGUGUGUGUGACACUGCAUGGUAUUUAGGGGACACUUUAGGACAUCAUGAAUAUUAAUAUUGUAGAAUGGCAAUGAAUUUUGCCAGAUAUGUCAUGUAAGAUAUCUGCAAAAAUGUUGUCAUUUGCCAGAGAUGAUGAUUGUAUCAUCUUUGUAUUAUGAGUUAUAGGUAUGUAGGUAUGUCUGUAUUUUCAAACUUGUGUUAUACUUCUGAGCGACACCCCCAGACAGUUUGGCAUCAGCACUGCCUCGCCUGCUUGAUGGCCCAUUAAGGACCAUCAGCUGUACAACUGAUCUAUUGAGAGAACGCACAUACACCUUAUGACUCAGCAAAGCAUGCGGGGACAUGCCUAUGAAUGGAACUGGGCUUUCAAACCAUGUGCUGGGCAGCUUGUGUUUGGAACAAAGGAAGCAG